AAAUGUUUAAUAUUAUAUUGGGUAUCUAUAUCAAUGGUCGAAUUGUAAGGUCUGGCGGAAAGCCCAACGAUGCCACCGCACCAACAACAAAACGCGAAAGCUCAUUCACUUGCUACCAUUGGUUUCUGAUGGAGGUCAAACCGACCAAUGCUACCGCUCAGUUUGGGAGCGAUGGUUCAGUCCGUGAUGAGCACCCUCACCGUAAGCCUCCAUUGUAAGAGCAGCUAAGUUGUUUCCACCACGAAAUUUGUCCGUCCUCGGAGCGAAUUCUGUGAGGACGGAAAUAUGGUUCGUGUUAACUAGCACUGCAAUAAAACUGCAGACUUAGAUCUGCAAUGAUGGUGGCAGAACCCGAGACAGCAAUCUGGGCAGAUUUUGACUUUGCACCGUGAAGAAUGUCCUUCAACUAAACGCUUUCCCUCUCUCAACUUUCUACUGAAGGGGAAUCGUAGAUUUGGAUAUUACCCUGGUAAGUUACGAGUGUGAUCCGUCGUCCGCCAAGUGUCCAAAUUGUACACAGACCAGACAGUUUACAUCCUGGGCAUCAGGAUUUUGGAAGUCUGAUGCUCGAAGCAAUGGCCGUGGCGGUAGUGAAUUAGAUCGCAGUCACAUUCCGUGAGUCCACUGAUGCAGGUACUCCUCAUUCGAAGGUCGUGUGGAACGGGUAUUGUAGACCAGAUCGGCUUUCAAAGUGCUCUGUCAUUAUCAAUUUGCCGCAUUGCGCUUCCUUGUCGCCGUUUCUCUGCACUUGCUGUCUUCGUCGAGGGGGUAGCCCUACGUUUCCUUCCACCAUCGCAUUCAAGGAUCCCACAUAGUGACAGACGCCCGCUUCGAAAGUAUCUCUUCCAGGAAGUGGGGAUUCAAUUGUAUCAGUCAGAUCAUGAUUUCAUGAAACUCGCGUCCGUAAAUUCUGAGCUCACUGCAGCCGAUUACUCCUUAUUCCUAGAGCUGGUGCAGAAGGAGUAAAGUGGAAUAGACUGGUCCUCAUGUCUUCAACCAUGGCUGCUGCCUCUCCUAGCGUUCUCAUCCCCCCAAGUUCUAUCUUCCGAAAAGGGACCGGAGGCAAUGUCGACAGAAGAAAUUAUAGCAAUUCUGCAGUGAGCUUGAAGUGUAGAGCGCAUCAGGACAGUGAAUCCAAUGACUUGAGUGUGAAAGUCUCGCGAAGAUGGGCAGCGCUUGUGCUUCCGGUUUCGACCGCACUGGGAGGAGUCGUGGCAUCUCCUAGAAACUCGCUCUCUGCUGAAGAACAGAUGCAAUGCGCGGAUGGCAAUUGCGGGAAGGUGGUCCUUCGUACUUUGAGUGGUUGUGGGUUGGGAGUAGCGCGGUAUCCUGACUUCGUGUACAACGCAGACGGAGGUGGGGGCAGCGGAGAGUCUCAGGAGCUUGCUGAUGGCCGCACCUUCGUGCGCUUUGAUCCUGACCAGCUGAAGAUUCCGCCCGUGAGCAUGCUCACCACCACGUUGUUGGGAUUGCCUUUGCCACCCUUUCUGAAAAUUGAGAUCGUGCCCCAGAAUCUGGAGGGUUACCUGGAAAGGAGCACCGGGAAGGUGGAGCUCAAAUUCCUCGCCAAGUUUUAUUUCACCGUUGGCACACUAUAUAGGGCACCUCCUCUAGUAGUGAAUACUGUACUCACUACAGAGGCAGUACAAGGUGCUCUCAGGGGUGGGAAAGGCAAGAGACUGGACUCUUCCGGCAACUGUAAACUUGUUGGGGUGGCUUUAGUAGACCCUGUUGAUGACUUAUUCAUGAACACAUUCUUGACUCUACCCACAGACUGUUUGGCCGAAAUGGCAGCAAAAAUAACAUUCAUUUGAUACCAGAGAAAAAUUCAAUCCUCCUAGACGUAUUUUCGUAACACAAGUAUCCACUCUGCAGUAAAAACAAGUGCGCAGUUGCCACGAAAAGAAAAAAUUUGGACGUGGCCCAUGUAGGCAUUUCAUGUAUCCUCCCCUUCAGAUUUUCUUAAAAUUGGUGACUAGCAACGGUAGCUUCAAUGGCCUCAAAUCUACAACACCUGAUUAUCUCUUUUCGAAAGAAAUCUCUCGUAGAGAUAAUACUAGGCAAAUCGUUGCGAGUUGUUAAUAAUUGAAAAAGUACAUACAAGCAGAGUGUUUCUUGUGUAAAUGAAACCUCUUAGGACCCCUGUUUCUGAUAAAGGGAAGUUUCUAUGUGACCGAAGACGAGCAAACCGUCAUUUCGGUGCAUAACAUGCAAGAAUCCUGGAUAUUUUACUGGCAGCCAUCUCAGAAGUCGAUCAGCUGCACACAACACGAAAUAGUGUUAAAAUAAAUGC